AUGCCACACGAUCUACGGUCUCCCAGGCUCUUACACCUGUACAUAACAACAGGUGUUGUCACUGUCUACCAACUGCUACUGCUUAGGUGCUGUAUAAAAAAUUUGCGACCAGUUGCAUUGCUACACGUGCAAAAGUUAAAGGCCAACACCAGCUGGCGAUCACUGCCAGAACGAGUUGAACAUGCUCUUCACGUUGCCGAUGAACGACUUCUUCUUGCCCACUUGGGGUGGCUGGUGGUGGAUGUACGCCAGGUCGAGCAGUAUCGGCCUCGAAGGAAGGAGGCGCUUUUCCAUGCCGAAUAUGGCCAUGUAAUCGAGCGUUUCGUCGCCUUUGUCCUUGUCGUUCAGCUGCAGUACGUGCCGCGCGUAUAUGGCCACGGUCCGCUUGUAGAACCGUGCCGCACAGAGCUGUGCAGUUUUCUGCAGCAGCUGGAAGCACACGAGAGUGCGCCAUAUGAGCAGCGUCUGCUGCUUCUUGGGGUGCUCUAUAUGCUGCUGGAGCCUUGUGUUGGCCCAGUUCAUGAGUGCCAUUCCGUCGUUGUGCUCGCCGGCUGCCAGUUUGUGCAUGCCGAGCAGCAAUCCGUUAACCGUUUUGGUAACCUCCUGCGGCAUGCGGAAUAUCUGACCCAUCUUGGAGUCGCCCAUGAGGGUGGUGAUAUGCUGCUUCAGCAUGUGGGCGAACCGCAGCGCCUCUCCACAGUCCGGCAGGCCGGAGUUUUUGUCGACCGUGCCGUUUUCGUGGAAUAUCGUGUGCAGCGUCAUGACCUGCACCAGGGCACACUUCUCCAUCUCGAGGAGAGUCUUCACGUACGUUACGACACCUGCAGAGCAUUGAGUUUUGGGGAGUUGUGA